AUUCCAGUGAAUUAAGAACUCCAGAGGAGGCGAUGAAGAUAAUAAAAACCGCUAAGCUUCACGAGUCCGAACUGACAGAAAUCACACAAGUACUGAGGUUUCCAAACCCGAGCGAACAGAAUGACAGACUGAAACUUAUGUUAUUAGAUGAUAAUCUUCUGAAAGAAAUUGAAGCCGGAAACGAUCUGUUAUUUAAAGGAGAUCCAGAUGAAAACGUAGUACUAUGCACAAACACCAAAACAUACGAUGUGAAAGAGGCAGAAACAUCAAACAGCCUUCUUCUAGUCCCAGAACUAUUAUUUGCAGCUUCAACAGGACUGGACGAGACCAUUCAAAACGACUCUAUAGAAUCAGAAUCCUCAUUUGAAAAAUCAAACGCAAGUUUAAACAAGUCCACAGAAUCUGAUGAAGGGUCAAGGCCCCCAAGACAGAUAGUCCACAAAGACAUAUUAAACACUUUCUUCACAUACUACGAAUUGAAACCUUGCAAACCAAGGCUGACAAAACUGAGAAAGAUUCUAGAACCCACAAAAUACCAAGGAUUGGAACUAGAAUAUGCAGUUGAUAAGUCAAAAUUACUAAGUUAUGAAGCUCUUUGUGAAAAAAUCCAGGCUUCUAAAGCAGAGCUAAAUGAAGAAUUAGAGAAAAUCCAAGCUGUGUUAUUAGAUGGCCAUUAUAGGUUGUUAGAAUUUGAAUACGAAUUUCGAGUUUUAUCCUACAUGUUGGAUCUUAUUGAUGAAAAUUCUUGGCCUUUGGAUAAAAUAUCUAGAGAAGUGACUAUAGAGAGCUUGAAAGAGUUAGUGCCUCUGCCAAUUUUGGAGGCUAUGUUCAGGUUUUAUACUGAUCCGUCGAUUGAAGAGGAUGGUGUUCAGUUCUAUCAGUAUAAGCAGGAAAAAGUAUGUAAGUUUUUGGCCAGAGUGCUGUUAAAGAGUGCUGGGAAGUUUAAUCUAGAAGAGUUUUUGCAAGCCUGGAAAGAUUCUGUUCCUGAUGGCAUGGUGACUGAUGAAUCUCUCCUGUCGGGAAUAGCUCUAGUAGAUAAAUCCAGCACACCACAAGUAGUUUGGGGAUUUGCUGAGACUGAUUUACCGGAAGAAAUUAACCAGCGAUUCAAAAUAUUAUUCCAAACGAAACCAAAGUGGACUGUCGAUCAGAUAUCGCCGUAUAUUGAAUGCUACGCGACUGAAAAACUGAAUGUAAAUGCGUUACUAACGAAGUAUGCGCGGGCGUCCACGCAAGAUGGAGUGCGAGUGUUCUCAGCUAAACAUAUGAAAUAG